AUGGACGCUGCAAUGGACAGCGAGGGUUUCGCUCUGGGGCCCGUGGCAGCUUCGCGCCACGCUAACCCAGCCGUCGCAGCCUCCCUGCCACGGUUGACGGCGACGAUGGUAAAGCAGUCGUCGCAGUCGAUGCGGGACAGCUAUGAGGCCGAGUUAUACAGGUUCAAGAGCACCAAGAGCCAAGCGUUUUUACAGGAUCGCCAGGCAUACACUACAAACCUUCCGCGACUCUUGCCGGAAGGCAUCCCGUACACUGCCAACUUCAUCUCCUUCGACCAUCUGCGCGAGUGCGGGGCGCUGAGCGAGAUGCUCCAGAACCAGGUAAGCAUCAGCACCGAAGAUUUGCGACUUCUCUACGAGGCUCGGUGUCUCGACCAGGACCUCCCCCCUUCGUGGCAGCGCGAGAUGCGCUUCAUGGAACUCAUCAGCGCGAAAUGCAAAGGCCGAUUUUUUUGCCUGCCGGAGAACGGGUUCGGCGUUUGCUCCGCUGAGGCGCUGGCGGCAGUUCUCUCUCGCAACAGCCACUACAGUGUUCUUGAUCUUUCUGGAAACCGCCUGCGCGACGACGGCGCGCGCUUCAUCGCACAUCUCAUCAAGCGGAAUCGUACUCUCGUCCAUAUUGAUGUAGCCUCAAAUGAUAUCGGGCACGUAGGUGGGGUGCUCAUAGCCCGAGCCCUUCUCGAGAACAACACGGUCAUCUCGCUGGACAUUGGCGCGCGCGCUGGGGUGAACGGGAACCACAUCGGUACCCCUGGCGCAGAGGCUAUUGGAGAGGUGCUGCGGUCUAACGAGGUACUCGCCAGACUCAAUGUCAGCAGCAACGGUCUCGGUGCCGGCGGCGUAGCCUUCAUCGCCUCCGCUCUCGAGCGCAACAGCUCCCUCACGCGCCUCAAUCUCUCGAGCAACAACCUGGGCCUUGAAGGGGCCCGCGUCCUCGCAUCGGCUUUGGAGGCGGCACAUGUGACGCACUGGGAGCUUCAACGCAAUCACCUGGAUGAUAAGGGCGGUGCGUGCUUUCUCAACGCGCUAGCAGGGGCGAUUCGGAACGGGUAUGACGUCGUGGAGUACCUGGACUUGGACAACAAUGCCCUUGGCGAGGGCAGCGCCGAGGCAGUUGGCAAGGUGCUGGCUGUUUCCGGCUCACUAACCACCUUGCGGCUGAGCGGCAACCCACUUGGCGCGGGGGUGAAGGCGAUCAGCACGGGCCUGAACGAAAACCAUAGUCUGAGCUCCCUUCAUCUUUCCAUGUGCUCCAUUGAUCACAUCGGCGCCGCAGCACUUGGCGCCGUCCUCUGUGUGAACCACACACUUCGCCACCUCGACAUGAGCAACAACCGUGUCAAGGACGGCGGUGCUGUGGAGUUGGCGAAGGGCCUGGCAGUGAACAAGUGCCUCACAUCAUGGAACCUGUCGUCCAACCGCAUCGGCCACGCUGGCGGGCUGGAGAUGGCGAAGGCAGUGCAGAAAAACCGAACUCUGCGUCACCUCAACCUGCGCCGCAACUUGAUGCUGGAGGCGACGGGCGAGGCUAUCAGCGAUAGCUUUCGCGCUAACAAUACACUUGAGCGACUUGACGUGGCAUACAAUAACUUCUCUUACGUGUGCGCAAUGUCGAUUGAGCGCGCGUUGGAGCGCAACAGGGCAUCAAACAAGACGCUGCUCGUUCCGAAGCUGCAGGCAAACAUCGACGCCCUGGCGCCGAAGGAGAACGAGCUGGAGCGCGCUGGGGAGGAUAUCGAGGUGGAGAAGCGUAUGGUACGCGACCGUGGCGAGGAGCUGAUUCGGCGCGGUGAGGAGGCGCGUGUCGUGUCAGAGAAGCUUCGACGCGAGAUUGCGGAUCUGGAGCGCGUGUUCGAGAAGGCCAGCGCCGCCAGCGACGCCGCAGAAAACCUAUUCCGACUGACCGAGGACCGCGUCACGAACAGUCUGACAGAGCUGAAGAUGAAGCGGACCAACAUGGACGCCCGCAUCCAGCAGGAGAAGGACCGCCUCGAUCGCCUGCACCGCGAAUCAGAGAAAAUCCGGCGUCAAAUCAAGCACCUCGAGGAGGCUGAGAACGAGCGGCUGGCGCCGCUUCUGCGUGACCUGGAUGGGACGGAGAGAGACCGCACACAGGAAAUGGCCGACGCGAAGUUCGAGGGGGAAAAGCUUGCUGCCCUGGAGCUUCAACGAAAGGAACUUCAGAUCGCUGCGGGCAGACGCGCCAAGAAAAAGUGA